AUGGAAGACCCGUUGCACACCUUUGGAUGGACUGUCGUGUGGCGUCAGCGAACUCGGCCGUUCAAGACGCGCAACCCGCAGGGUUCCUUCCCAGACCCAUAUGUUCCAUCUCUAUAUCACGGCUCUUGCUUAUUGCGUUUCAGCGACAUUCAUCUCAAACUUUAUGCACUACGUCUAACGGCUCCCGUGUACAUCUCUAACAGGCUUAUCAGUAAAUCUCGCGCUACUGGCUGUCAGAACAGUUGUAACAUCGGCGUCGCCUUCUUGUGUUUCUGGCUCUUCUUCGAGAAUCUUACCGGCGCCAUCAACACUAUCAUAUGGUCCGAUAAUGCCGACAUCAAGCUGUAUGUAUAUUGUGACAUCGUAACACACUUGAAACUGAUCACCUUUGUUGUCAAACCUAUGGCUACGCUGAUCAUCACUCGCCGACUAUAUCUGAUCACCAACCUACGUUCCGUAGAUCCCCCUACGAAAGCGGCGAGACGCAGAAAUCUUGCGAUAGAGUGGGCACUCGGUUUGGGCAUUCCUCUUCUGGUUGCGGGACCUCUCUACUACGUCGUCCAGGCUCUUCGAUUUGAGGUCGACGAGGGUUUUGGUUGUGGCGACGGAUCCGACGGAUCGAUACUCACCAUCUUGCUUCUUAAUUCAUGGACUGUGUUACCUCCCCUGGUGUCCAUCACCAUGUACUAUCCUCAUGUGGUCCGGAUCUUCUAUCGCCAUAAUCGGGAGAUCAAUCAGUUCUUACGAAGCAACGACUCGGUGACCCGGAACAACUACUUUCGCAUUCUUGCCCUUGCAAGCAUCGAUAUCCUACUCACCUUACCUAUGGGAAUUGUGACCAUCGUCUUGAGCGUGAAAGACUUUGCGUCUUCGCCGGAGGGUGUUACCUAUGCGGAGCUAGUGCUCUUCGGGCCUUUCACUGUAGCGCAAAUCUACUUCGCUUCAUGGACAUCACCGGUCCUCGCAUUCGCCAUCUUUGGCCUCUUCGGCGUCACAUCGGAAGCCUGUGCGUUGUACUGGCGUGUCAUAUACACCGUUGGCGGCUGGUUCGGCUGGCGGCCCAUACCUCGCACGCGCAGGGCACGUUCGCCGCUGGGAGACAUAGAGUUCGGCGAGCGUCCUGCUCGAACCUCGAUGUCGCUGGGUCUCGAGUCGAACCCAAGCUACAUCAACACCAACGCACGCGCGCACGAUCAGGACGGUGGAGCAGGAGGUGUCGUGAGGCACGCAGAGAACAGCCCGGAAGAGAAUACCAUAGAGGAAGUACGCCGGAGUACUGCCGAAGAGACGCACGACGAGCGCCCAACACAGCCUUCCGCGUCUUCCCAGGUUGGCUUCGGCUUUGCUUCGGCCGAGGUGUAG